AUGGCGGGCAGAGGUGGUGUAGCUCGCCUCUUUGAGAGACAUCGGUCAAGAUUGUUAAAAGAAUUAGACAUAAAUAGAAUUUUUCCGAAACUUGCACGAAAAGGUGUUUUUACAGCAGUCGAAGAGACAGAAAUCUCGUCUAUAACUGACAAUAUUAAGAAGUUAGAAGUAUUUUUGGACUUGCUGUCUGUAAAGGGCACCAAAGCAUUCCAGGAGUUUUGCUCAAGUUUGGAAGAGCUGUCCCCAAAUCUGUUGACAAGUUUUCUUUUGGAGACAUCAGAAGUAGAUGAUGAUGACAAACCAUCUCAAGCCUUACAGUUAGGAUUUGAAUUAGCAUUAAAAGAUAGAGAUGCUGUAUUAAGGGAAAAGGCUAAAGCUACAGAAGAGAGAGAUAAUGCCAUACGACAGUUACAGCAAGUCAAAUCAGAACGAGAUCAAGCCAUUACUAGUUUAGAAAAUCUAACAGGAAAACCAGCAAAACUUAGUAACACGAAAAGAUUUGAAGAUAGUCCAAUCCUUGGUGCGAGAUCGGGUUCACCAAAUCACAAAAACCGAGUUAUGGAAAGUGAUGGAGAAGUUGAAGAGUUAUAUUGUGUUACACCCAGUAGUAAGUCUGGAGAUAAUGUGGUGUGGGAAACUCAUAAAGUUCAUUUAACCAAGGCACCAGUCUUUGGUUUUGGCAUUGCAGUCAGUGGGGGAGUUGAUAGUCCUCAUUUCGCCAACGGUGAUCCUUCUGUAGCUAUAUCUGACGUACUGAGAGCAGGACCGGCAGAAGGCAGGCUUCAAGUGAAUGAUAGAAUUGUUAGUGUGAAUAGUAUUUCGUUAGAGAAUGUAGAUCACGCCCGAGCUAUACAAGUGCUAAGAGACUGUGGAACAGCAGUCCAUUUGGUUAUACGCCGUCGUGUAGUGCUACCCAGCAUCCUGGAUUCAGAUACGCCACCCCUCAAAGUAACCCUCUCUAAGAAGAGCAAGAAAGAUGAUUUCGGAGUGAUAUUAGGAUGUAGAUUUUAUAUUAAAGACAUACCUGGUCACUCUCUUGCUGCUCAAGAGGGGGGACUAAAAGUAGGAGAUACAGUGCUUAAAAUUAACAACACUACUACAGAGAAUUUAUCUUUAAUAGAGGCUAGAAAACUUCUAGAGAAAGGCAGUAAAGAUAAAUUACAGUUAAUAGUAGCCAAACAUAAAAAUAUAUCACAUAAAAAACAAAAUAGUCAACCUAAAGAUGAUGCUUUACCAUAUCAACCCGGUUUUGAUACUUUACGUAGACAACUAGAUAAAGAUGAUGUGAAUAUAUAUAGACCUAGUGUACGAUCAGAAGAUGAUUUAUUUAAACCUGAAUCUCUACCCCAGGGUGUACCAUUAGGCGCUUACCCACAAUCAGAACAUACUAGAUAUGAUGGGAGAUAUGUAUAUGAUCAUGAAGGUCCUCCUAGACCACCAUUACCAACUGGAUUUGAUGAUGGUCCAGCUCUACCCCAAAGUCCAGGUCAAGGUCGAUUAAAUCCUGAAGAUUACUAUCAACAGUAUCCUGGUAAUAACAACUACUCGCCUCAUGAUUCAAGAUUACGUGAUUACAACACCCGACCAAUUGUUGAUGAUGAUGUUUUUAAUACAUCACAUGAAGAAAGAUAUGUUGGAAAACGACAUGAUAUUAGGCCUGAACCACGAUCAGUGACAUUUAGAAAAGAUGCUGAUGUCGGUUUAGGAUUAAGAUUAGCGGGCGGUAAUUCUACAGGUACAUUUAUAGCAUCAGUACAGCCAGGUUGUGCUGCUGAAGCACAAGGUUUAACAGAGGGUGAUCAGAUUGUUAAGGCAUGGCUAACAGAACAUGGUGUUAAGGCUAAUGAACGUGAAGUAUCAGGAAUGACAAGAGAAGAAGCUGUCAAUUAUUUAACUAGUCUACAGGGAGAAGUUACAUUGGUUGUGCAAUAUAAAAAAGAAGAAUAUGACAGAAUUAUGGCAAGUCAUGAAGCUGGAGAUUCAUUCUAUAUAAAAACACAUUUUCAUUAUGAAGGCACGGCUAAUGGUGAACAUUCAUUUGUUAUUGGAGAUUUAUUUCAUAUUAAGGAUACUUUAUUUCGAGGUAUUGGUGGCUCCUGGUUAGCUAUUAAGCUAGAUAAGAACUUUCAGGAAACCAAAAAAGGAACGAUACCAAAUACUCACAAGGCUGAAACAAUAUGUCAAUAUCAACAACAACAGAACAAUGACAAAGAAAACUUCCCAAAUAAAGGGCGGGGCAGUUUAUUUAGACGCAAAGCUGCCAGACGGGCAAAAUCGCUCGGUAAAGACCAUUGGGAAGAACUUAUCUUCUCUGGCUUACAUACCAAAUUCACAGCAUACCAAAGAGUUGUACUAAGAGAAGCUGGCUUUGUACGACCUGUUGUUAUUUUCGGUGCUAUAUCAGAUAUUGCUAGAGAAAGACUUAUCAGUACUUAUCCUGAAAGAUUUGAAGCACCAGAAAGUGAAUCCAGUUCAGAAGAUUCCAAGAAAAAGUCUGGUAUUAUUAGACUGGGAUCUAUUCGUAAUAUUAUAAACAAGAGAAAACAUUGUGUAAUAGAUGUCACACCACAUCAUGUAGAUAGAUUAAACUAUGCCCAGUAUUGUCCUAUAGUUAUCUAUAUCAAGGCAGAUAAUAAACAGGCUAUUAAAGAUUGUCGAGCCAAAUGGAAAACAUCCAGUAAAAACCCUAAGAAACUUCUUGAACAUAAUGAAAAACUAGAAAGAUUCUAUUCUCACUUAUUUACAGGUGUUAUUAAUCACAAUAGCUCAGAUAACUGGUUUCCUAAAGUUAUGGAAAUGGUUGAAGCACAGAAUCAUCAAAAAAUCUGGAUGUCAGAGAAAAAGCCCGAAGAUGAUAUUAAUGAUGAUUUUUUGUUUCCGAUGCCAAAUCGUAUGAGUUUUGCUGGUUCACCUGAUAGUGAAUUAGAUUUAAGUCGCAAUACUGGUGACCAAUCCGGUAAACCGAGAUUAAUGAGAUCAUCAUCUGAUCCUAGUAUUAAUACCAACGAUCAUAUACCUGGUAUACCUCCAUACCCAACACCACCUAAUUAUAAUCAUAAGAAAGGCUAUGGAGAACGAAUACCUUAUAAUGAUGAUCCUAGAUAUGACGAUCCCUAUUCUCAUGUUAAUGGCAGACCAGAAGAUCAUUAUUACCCAUCUUAUUACGCUGAUCAUGCACAAAAUAGAUCCCAUAUAGAUCACUACGCAACCUUAACACCUAGUGAAAGAUUACGCCAUAGAUCAGUUGAAGUUAAUCCUGGUGUCAAUGAUUACAGUCCAUAUAAAACUAGAGUUAGUUCAUCAGAUUUAUAUCGAUCUGAAAUACCAGAAUAUGCUACUGUACAAAAACAUACUUUACCUCAUAUAUCACAAUCUAGUGUUCCACCAACUAGUAAUCAAAAAUCAGGCCACAAUGACUCUUCAUCUCACAGUAGCGACUCGUAUAACAGAUAUGUGAGCUCUCCAUCUAAUAAACAUGAUGACUCAAAAUUAAGAGAUAAAUUUGGUAGUUUAGUGGUGUCUGGUCAACCCGAGAAAGGAUUAGCUCAUGAUCCUUAUAGAUUUACACGCAGCACUACUAAUCCUGUUAGUUCGGCUCAUGUUGAUAAAGCAAAACUAUCUGACCUUAGUGCUAAAUAUAGAAAGGACGAUCCGAAAUCAAAAAAACCUGUUAAAUACAUGGAUGCUCCAGUAAUAGAUGUUCCACCCAAAGUAAAAAAGGAACCCCCACCAGUGCCAGUUAAAAAUUAUAGUUUGCGUGAAAGAGGUGUUGUAUUUGAGGAUGAAAAAGCCCGAAAUUAUGAAAAUUCCAAUAGGAGUUAUACAGACAUGAACUAUUCCUCACAAGCCAGACGUGACCGACCAAAUUACAAUGGUGCAGAUAACGAACUUCAUCGUUCGGUGGACAAUACCCCAGAAGGACCUUAUGAAUAUGUGGCACUCAAACAGCCAAAUGGUCAUGUGCGCGACUUGCGUCAGAAUGGUGUGAAUAGGGAAAAACGACCAUCUGAUAAUCAUGUUGAUGUUUAUAAUAAUCAUGUGAACAGUUACGAUAAUCAAAUAUACGGAACAGAAUAUUUUCCGGACAAUGUGUAUGAUCGAACUGGUAAAUCAUUCGCAAAUCAUAUGUACAUGGACCAUCGCGAUCUAGAUAGAAUACGAUCCAGUAAAGAACAAUUGCGUAACGAUAGUGAAAUUUACCCUGUUGAAAAUGGGUAUACUCGACCAAGAACUGAUGAUGAACAACUGCAAGAAUUAAAUCAAUUUAGACAUCGAGCAAAGUCUGAAUCUCAUACUAGAACAAAUAAACCUACACUUUCUAACCCUCGAUCAGAUAGAUAUAAAAGUUGGGACCCAGACAAACAUGUCAGAGAACAUUUUGAGUCUUAUAAGAAGUUAAUUACACCUGGUUUUUACGGAUCAAAGAAACAGUUUUUACAUUCCCAUAGUGAUCUUCGAGAGGGGGAGAAAGAUGCGCAAGAUAAACGAAACAGUGCUUUUGAGGCAUACAGAAAACAAGAACCUUUGAGGACAUUUGGUAAAAAGGAACCUCCACAAUCAGUAAAAGCUGUAGAUGUUACUGACAGUACACCAUUUAAACCUGUCCCCACUCCCCCUCCUCCACCCCCAAUUAAAUUUGAUAAUGUGUAUCGGCCAUCUCCCCUAGUGACUAGUUUGCUGGUAACUAAGGAACUAUAUGUACGAGAUAAUGAUAGUUGUGAUGGGGCAUCAGAUAGUAUCUCUACGCCUGAUACAGUUAUUGCAGGGAUGGAUUUUGGCAGAGAAAUAGACGAGAACCAUACAGUAGUGGCUACUGCUAGAGGAUCAUUUGAUAGUGGAGGUGGUGUUUUAGAAUCAAAAGAAACAGGUGUUAGUAUUAUAAUACCACCAGGUGCUAUACCAGAUGGUCCAAAACAAGAAAUAUAUUUUAAAGUAUGUAGAGAUAACAGUAUUCUACCUCCAUUAGAUAGAGAUAAAGGAGAAACAUUAUUAAGUCCACUAGUAAUGUGUGGUCCCCAUGGUUUAAAAUUUAAUCAACCAGUAGAAUUAAAAUUACCACAUUGUGCUGCUGUUAAUCCGGAUAGUUGGUCUUUUGCUUUAAAAUCUAGUGAUUCUCCAUCAGGUCACCCAACACAAUGGCAGAAUAUGAAUCUAGCUGGUUUAGAUGGGGUAACACAAGGACAUGUUGGCAAGAACAGUGUAUCUGUAAUGGUUGAUCAUUUCUAAUAGCAAUCUCGAUAAAUUCAUUACAUAGUAUUAAUACUACCUCCAGUAUAGGUCACAUUCAACAUUCGCUGUACGUACUUAACUGUGAACAUAUAAUUUUGUUACAUCUACAUAUAUGUAUUGUAGAUCACUUUUAUUACGUUCACAUCCAUAUUGUGUUCAUAGGAUAGUUUCAUUUAAAUAUUUCGUAGUGAACUGCAUUGUGUGAUAUUAGAAAAAAUUAGUUAUUAGAGAUAUUAUAUAUAAUGUAAAUAUGAACUUUAAAUAAAAUUUCAUACAAAAUUUUCUAUGGAACAUUUAUAAUGUCUGUAUGUUGAAGGAGUUAAAUAUUAUAGCUGAAAUAUUAUUAGACAUAUCUUCUAAAUUUUGCCAAAAAUUUAUUAAUUGAUAUUAAAUUUAAAUGUGUUAUAUAUUAUGUUGGUGAUGAAGUUACAUCAUGUAUACAUCUUAUUAAUGUGACCACUGUUAUAGUAUGUUCCACCUUCCAAAUAUUGAUUUUGCAUGUACUAUAGAUUUAUUUAGAUGUAUUUUAGAUAUCAACUCCCUUCAAGUUUUUAAAUACAUGUAUUUCAUUCCAAAACUUUAUUUGAUUCUAGUUUUAUUUUGAAAUUCAAAUUGAGUGAGCAUUAUUUCACAUGUGGUUUUAUAUACCAUACUUAUCUACACAGGAAGGUUGUGAACAGGGUCAUUGAAAUUGUUUUUCUAAAAAAUUAAAGGAGAAUUUUGAUUGAAAUAAAUCUGAACUAAAAUGGCUACUAUUUGGAUUCCUAAGAAUCAACACUAAUUUUCAAAGCUGUAUUUAGAAUUGAGAUUGUAAUAUUUAUACAGAAAAUGUGCUUUAGAAAUCUUAAAUCUUGAUGUAGACUCACUAGAGCUACAAUCAAACUGACCAUAAAGUAACAGUUUGUCAUUAGUAGUCAUUUUGAUAAUCAUAAGUAGAAGAGAAAACAGAGGUUGUGAGUGUUAGUUAAAAUUUAUAUCUGUUAUUGUUUAUGUUUUGUUACAAAAUUAAAAGUUAUUAAAUAAUAUUUAGAAAACCUUGUAGGUCUGUUAAAAUAUUGUAUGAUAUGUAAAUAGUUUUUAGUGUUAUAUUUAUGAAAAUGAAGAAGAACAUGGGAGUAAAACAUGGAAUGUGAAAACAAGAUUGUUCAUCUUCAAAAUGUUGUUAUAUUGAUAACUAGAGAUUUUAUACUUUGGGGCUAUCUGAUCAUCCAAAAUAUACUGAACCUGUCAUUUCGUAUUGAAACUCUCCCCCAAUAAAAUAAAUGUAAUUAUUUUAUAAUAAUAUAUAUAUUCAAAACAAACUUAAACUCGCUUGUGCAAAAUCCAAGAAUACUUUAAAGAGUAUUUAUUAAACUACUUCAGUAGCACUAAAAUUUGUAUGACACUGUUUGGUGGUUUGGUAGAUUUGCCUAUGACAGUCUAAUUUGAACUUGCCCAAUGUAGAUCUGUAGUCAAAUGACAGUACAUCAAAAAUUAUUUUUGUACCAACUGACAAAGACCCCCAACUUGCUAAUGCAUCUUUAAAUAAUUAAGAUAACAUUUUAUAUCAACUUCCUAAUAAAUCAAAUCUUAUCUCAUAUUUUCCUCAACUCUUAAACUGAAACAGGAUUUUCUGUAUAAAUGUAUUUUAUUUGGCACACUAUUCUUUCAUGUUUUAUUAACCUGAUAACUCAUAAUUUCAUUGUACACUUUUAUCUGAUCAUCUAUAUCUUCACUCCACAUUUUAAAAUAUAAAUGCAUGUAAUUGUAUUGAUAAUUUAUUAUAAUGUCUUCCUUAAAUAUAAUCAAAUUCUUAUUCUAGUUAUUUUUCUGCUUUCAUCAUUAUCACCAUCAUCAUCAUGCUAGAAAGAAAACUAGAUAGAAAUUAUAUAGAAUUUUAUAUUCUUUAAAAACGAAUCAUUUGAAUCUAGACCUCUCCUGUCUUCCAUGAUGAUUUCGGUUCAAUGAGUUGUAGGACAAACUUUAUAUGUGUGAUGUACUGUCCUUGCUUGCCUUUAUAAGAAACAUCUGAAUUCUGUGUAUCAGUAUUCAUGUAAAUAGCCUUUUCAUAUCAUUGUAUAUUAUUAUUAAAAGCCUGUUUAAAGUAAAUUUUGCUCUUCAGUCUGUCCGUGCCACGUUUUACACAAAACCAGAGAUACCCGUUGUAACAUGAAUACCAUUGACAAGAAAAUAAGUAUAUUAAAGCUAUCUUUAUUAUAAGGACUGGGAUAAUGGAAAUUGGCAAUUAUAUUUUUAAUUUAUGGUCAUGUAAUGAGUAAUGGGAGGUUACAAUACUAAUGAGUAAUGAAAAUGUAAUUUUAAUUAAAAUUACAUUCCCAAAAUCAUAUAAUGAAUAAUUACAUUUCAGUAACUUUUCAAUUACAUUUCAUGGCAUAUAUCAAUAGUUCCAACUAUGACAAGCCUCAAAUUUUAGCAUUAAAGAAGUAAAUUAACUACAUCUGACACAAAUCCAAUUCAUUGUAAUUGAAAAAAAGAACAAAUCUGUUUUAGACAAAAUAUAAUUACAAAACAAAACUAUUUCAUAUUAGUCCUUUUGUUUUUAUUGAGGGCCCUUUUAUAGACAGAUAAAACAAAGGGAAUUAUUAGUGCUAAUCUGAAUUCAACCUUUUAGUCAAUCCAUCAGUUAGAUUAAAAGACAAUUAGAUAGUCUUAUGACAGAUUCAGGCCCGUAGCUAGCGGGGGCCCCUAGAAAAAUUCGGACGCAAUACAAAGCUAAUGACUAACGAGAUUGGCGGGGCGCCCAACCAAUGUCACUUGGCUUUAUGUGAGUCAUUAUGAGGUGCCUCACCAUGACUCACACGAUUAACACCACGGCUUGAUCUGUGGGGUGCCUUAUAAUGACAAUAUAUGAUUGUCGGACCGCACAUAAGAUUGGUUGGACGCCCACGACCUGAUCAAUGAUUGGUGAGGUGCCUCAUCCCGGAGCAGCACCCAUAUUACCGACAUCGUGGGCGCCCAUUUGCCGAGUGAGAUUGGUUAGGCGCGUACGAAUGAAUUGGACGUCCAAAAUGGCAUGAUAAUCUUCAAAAUGCAAACAAGUCGCACUCUAACCUGAUUCCGAAUUUUUCGGGGUUUUUUCAAAUUAUUAUAGGUACAUUAAAGUCGUAUUCCUUCCUUCAAAUUUUUAUAAUGUUCAUAUCGAAAAAUCAUAAUAUGCCAAUAUCGCAAAUUCAGCUUCAAAAAUAAAAUUUUCCGUCAGUUUCAGGUGCAAACCCUAUUUUCCCAAAUUUUCUGGGGGGAGAGCACCCUAGACCAAUCUCCGAAGGGAGGCGUGUCCACGGUACUGUUCACCGUGAACCGUCAAGUGUAGGUACAUCAGCGCCCCCAGAAGCCUUUGCCUCCCCAACAAUUUUGGGCUAGCUACGGUCCUGCAGAUUGAUCUUAAUCUCAAGGUAACAAGUGACCAACCAAACAAUGGCUUUCAAGUAUCUCAUCAUAUGGUUACUUAAAAUAUGAAAAAAAGGUAAAUCUUGUUUUAUGGUCAUGCUGAGCAAUGUUUGUAGAAAACUAUUUGAAUUGAGUACGAAUUUUAUCUUAUUACAUGUACUUGAAAUCAUAUGUAGUUAACAAUAUGAUCAAUUCAUUUUUCAAACCCAUAAAAUUACAACAGCAGAUUUUUUUCACAACACCCAUCACUUGAAAAUUUCCUUAGAAAUUAGAAUUCAUACCAAAACUCUGUUAUAUCAAAUCAAAUAUUAUUUUCAGUGCGAUUUUUUAAGUGCUCAAUGGCAGAAAAAUAAGGUUGUCUUUUUUAAUGUCUAUAUAAAAAGAGUUUUAUUUAUAGAGCCAUAAAGUAAUAGGUAAUGGUUAUUAAUUACUUUCAAUGUUAUGGGCAAUGGUAAUGAAUUACAUUCCUAAAAAUGAAAAAGUAAUUACAUUGGCAGUGUAAUGGCCCCAGCCCUGAUCUUUAUUGCUAUCAUAUCUGUAUAUUUAUAUUUUUCUAUGUAAUUGGUAUGUAAAAAAAAAAUUAAUACCAAUUUUGUUUUUUUACCAUAUCAGAAAAACAUACAGAAUAUUUGUCUUAGAGCAACAAUCAAUAAAAAAUGAUAUUUAUCUAUUAUAA